GGCUAGGAAAAAGGCAGCGGCAGGAGGAGGAGGAGGGGAAUAAUAAUACUUGCAAGGCUGCUGACCUGGAGACCCUGAGAGUUGCAAAGCUGGACCUGAACUGUUGCUCAGUAAAAGCUUCAUCCUUGCACACCUUUGCGAAGGAGCCAGUUUCUCAUUUUUAAGGGAGAAGCAAUGACAGAAGUAAAGAGACUGAACUUUGGAGAAUGUCCUGAUGGUAGAGGGACUGUGGAAAAAUUCCUGCUAAAAUCAGAUGCAGUUAAAAUGGAAAUCAUAUCUUUAGGCUGCACUAUUACCGCCUUGGAGACAAAAGACAGAGAUGGAAACUUCUCAGACAUUGUUCUGGGAUUUGAUCAUCUGGAAGGAUACAUCAACAAGCAUCCCUAUUUUGGAGCUGUUGUUGGACGGGUUGCUAAUAGGAUUGCCAAAGGGAAGUUUGAGGUUGAAGGGCAAGAGUACCAGUUGGCUCUCAACAAUGGACCCAACAGUUUGCAUGGGGGCACAAAAGGUUUUGACAAGGCCAUUUGGACCCCAGAAGUGCUUCCAGAAGGUGUACGUUUUUUCAGAAUAAGUCCAGAUGCUGAAGAGGGAUACCCUGGUGAACUGAAAGUGUGGGUGACAUAUACUCUGAAGGAUGCUGAGUUAACAAUAAAUUAUAAAGCUCAGAGCAGUAAGACUACACCGGUCAAUCUAACCAACCAUGCAUAUUUCAAUCUUGCAGGUCAGGGGUCACCCAAUAUCUAUGACCAUCAAUUUACCAUAGAUGCAGAUUCUUACCUGCCAGUGGAUGGAACUCAGAUCCCCAUAGGAGAAGUUGCUUCUGUGCAGGAUACAGCCUUUGACUUGAGAAAACCAGUGGAGUUUGGAAGACAUUUACAGACGUUUCAGCUCAGUGGGUUUGACCACAACUUUUGUCUGAGACAGACAAAAGAGCCACGUUUCUGUGCAAGAGCCUACCAUCCCUCUAGUGGCAGGACGAUAGAGGUUUAUACAACUCAACCUGGGCUUCAGUUUUACACUGGAAAUUUCUUAGAUGGCACAUUAAAGGGUAAAGGAGGCCAUGUUUAUCCUAAGCAUUCUGGCUUCUGUCUUGAAACUCAGAACUGGCCAGAUGCUGUGAAUCAGCAUAAUUUCCCAGAUGCCCUGCUGCACCCAGGAGAUGAAUACAGCACCACAACAUGCUUCAGAUUUUCUGUAUCUUAACAGAAGAGCAGCAGUACAGAAGAGCAGUGUGGCGAGUUGUAAGGAAAAGUGAUCAAUAGAGAUUCCAGCUGGUUCACUGAAUGACCAAAUAUGCCUUGAUUCUAUCAAUGUCUUCAUCCUAAAAAAUGAGAAGACUGAUACCUGAGUCUCUGAGAAUAGAAAUGCUGAUACUGUCCAAUCUCACAUUGCAUUAAGAAAAUAUAAACCACACCUUGAGAGCCUGAUUAGUGGAAAAGCAUAGUAGAAGUAUACGGGGAAAUUCUCUAAAAUUUAAAUUUGUCUCAAGGGAUCUGCCCUGUUCUCCAAAACCAGAUCUGUAAACUAGACAGGAUUUAAAUAUAAGUACAACGAACUACUAGUUCUUUCUCCUGAUGAAGCCAGUGUGAUUUUGAAACCUUGCAACAUGUAACUGUGCAUUUGGUUGGCCCAAUAAAGGUAUCAUUGUUAGGA